AUGGAACUAAGACAUGCGCUAAUAAUUCUAGCGCUUAACAUUCAAGUCAUGGCCCAACAGAAUCUCAUGCAAUUCCUAAUGGAGCAAACCAAUUUGUUUAUUUAUAAUUCAAGCUACAUAAUAGAAGAUACAAAAAGCUUUUUACCAUCUUAUGAUUUUAUAAUUGUCGGAUCUGGUAGUGGAGGUUCUGUGAUGGCAAAUAGACUUAGUGAAAACAACCGUUGGAAAGUAUUGUUGUUGGAAGCUGGACGGCAAGAAACUUUUUUAACAGACGUGCCAUUAACAGCGUCUGCUAAUUCAGCUACAUCUUAUAAUUGGGGAUAUCGGACAGAUCCAAAUAGUCAAGAAGCUUGUCUGGGGCUUGAAAAUGGAGUUUGUAAUUGGCCAAAAGGUCGCAUUCUUGGUGGAACGAGCGUUUUAAAUUUUCUCAUUUACACACGUGGAAACCGUAGAGAUUAUGAUAAUUGGGCCUCACUGGGAAAUUACGGCUUCAUUCAAGCUGGUAAACAAAUGGGCUACGAUUAUAACGAUCCCAAUGGAGCACAACAAUUGGGAUUUUCACUAGCCCAAGCUACAAUGAGAAAUGGAAGACGUUGUUCUGCCGCUAAGGCUUAUUUGAGACCAGUUGCUCGUCGAGAGAAUCUUCACAUAUCCAUGCAAUCUUGGGUAACUAAAAUCAUUAUCGAUCCAUUUUCAAAAGUUGUUAUUGGUGUUGAAUUCAUGAAGAAUAAAAAACGAUACAAGAUUAAAGCUCGUAAGGAAGUAAUUUUAUCGGCAGGUACAAUCGGAUCGGCACAACUUUUACUGUUGUCAGGUGUUGGACCCAAAAAGGAUUUGGAAGAAUUAAAUAUUCCAGUUUAUUCCAAUCUUAAAGUCGGAUACAAUCUACAAGAUCACGUUUCAUUAAGCGCUCUCACAUUUCCUGUCAACCAGCCAAUAACAGUCAUGGAACAAGAAAUGAGAUAUCCGAGACAUCUUCUCAAUUAUUAUUUAUUCAAUCGAGGACCUUUAACAUUGCCAGCAGGUGCUGAAGGAAUUGCUUUUAUAAAAACAAACAUUUCUUAUCUACCAGCGGAUUAUCCAGACAUUGAACUUGUCAUGGGAGUUGGAUCUUUUACCGGAGACGAUUCUGGUUUUCUGAGAAAUGUUUUUGGUAUUCCAAAAAGUUUUGUUGAUAAAGUUUUUGGCAGCAUCCGUGGACGUCAUGCUUUUACAAUUUCCCCGGUUUUAAUGAAGCCAAAAAGUCGAGGGAGAAUAUUUCUCAAGUCUAGAAACCCUUUCCAUUGGCCGCACUUAAGGCCAAAUUUCUAUUCAAAUAAAGAAGACAUGGUAAUCCUUCGUGAGGGUGUGAAGAUUGCUGUGGAAAUUGGGGAGUCUGAAGCAUUUAAAAAGUUUGGAGCGAAACUUCACGACGUUCCAUUCUCAGGAUGUGAAAAUUAUCAAUUUAGAAGUGACGACUAUUGGGAUUGUUGCAUACGUCGAAUAGCUUCAAGUUUACAACAUCAAGUUGGAACAUGCAAAAUGGGCGUUGGUCGUGACGCUGUUGUGGAUCCACAACUUCGAGUUUAUGGUAUAAAACAUCUGAGGGUUGUUGAUGGAUCAAUAAUGCCUGAAAUACCCGCGUCUCACACGAAUGCAGUAAUUUUUAUGAUCGGCGAAAAAGCCGCCGAUAUGGUCAAGCAAUAUUGGCGUGGGCAAUGAAAAAAAAAGAAUAAAAAUUAAAAUUAUCAUAAAUAUCUGUGAUGAAAAAUUAUAUUUUGAUUAAUUGUUCAAUGAUUAAUUAAAGGAAAUGUAAAUAAUAAAAAAACAAGUCUUGUAAUUUAAUAUUGCCACC